CCCUUCCUAUGCUCCAUAUAUAGAGAGAAGCGUAGGGUUCAAUAGAAAUGUGAGUCUUUUUUUCUGGGGUUUUUUUCUCCCCCUUCGUUCGAUCGGAUUUGCAGCCUGGAUUUGCGAUUUUCCUCUAGUGCUCUGCUAGACGCAGGACCUCAGCCAGCACCGGUUGGUUGUGAAAAGCCCGAACUGAUUUCUUUUUCCUGCUUCCCAUUAUUUUGGCUUAAUAAUGGCCAAAAGGAGCUCUUUGUUCAUUCGAAUAGUGGAAGGGAAAAAUCUACCAGCCAAAGACAUUACAGGCAGCAGUGACCCUUACUGCAUUGUGAAAAUUGACAAUGAAGCCAUUAUCAGGACAGCCACUGUGUGGAAAACACUAUUUCCUUUCUGGGGCGAAGAAUACGAAGUCCACCUCCCCCCCACCUUCCACUGCGUGUCAUUCUAUGUCCUGGACGAAGAUGCACUCAGCCGGGACGACGUCAUCGGGAAGGUCUGCAUCACCCAAAGCCUGUUGGCUGAGCACCCAAAAGGCUAUAAUGGCUGGCUGAACCUCACCGAAAUUGACCCAGACGAGGAAGUUCAGGGGGAAAUCCAUCUCCAGAUUGAGAUCGUUGACAGCGGUGCCGUGAGAAAGCUGCGCUGCACUGUGUUUGAUGCCAGAGAUUUGGCCCGGAAAGACAGAAACGGAGCCUCUGAUCCCUUCGUCAGAGUCCGCUAUAAUGGCAAGACGCAGGAAACUUUGGUGAUCAAAAAAUCUUGCUACCCAAGGUGGAACGAGACCUUUGAGUUCGACCUGGACGAGUCGGCGGUGGAGAAGCUCUGUGUCAUCGAGGUCUGGGAUUGGGAUCUCGUCAGCAGGAACGAUUUUCUGGGAAAGGUAGUAUUCAAUGUCCAAGGGCUACAGGCCGUCCAACAAGAGGAAGGGUGGUUUAUGCUCCGACCGGACAAAUCAAAGCCAAGGCGGGACGAGGGCAACCUGGGCUCCCUACAUCUCCAGUUGCAGCUUCGGGAUGAGACGGUGCUUCCGUCCAUCCACUACCAGCCUCUUGUCCAGCUUCUGUGUCAGGAAGUUAAAGCAGGUGCCCAGCCGCUCCCCUUCUUUUUUUCCUCCUGGCAGGACGGGAAAGUCCAUUUAAUAACCCUGAUUGACGACACCACGACCGCCGAGUGCAGGCAGGAAGUUGCCGUCAACCUUGUCAAGCUCUUCAUGGGCCAAGGGUUGGCCAAAGAGUUCUUGGACCUCCUCUUCAAACUGGAACUGGAUAAAACAGAUGAGCCAAACACUCUGUUUCGAAGCAACUCUCUGGCCUCUAAGUCAAUGGAGUCAUUUCUGAAGGUGGCAGGGAUGCAGUACCUCCACAAAGUCCUUGGGCCGACAAUCAACCGAGUGUUUGAAGAGAAGAGAUGCGUUGAGCUGGACCCCAGCAAAGUGGAGAGCAAGGAUAUUGGCUGCUCCAGCCUCCAUCGUAUCCAGAGCGAAAGUGACGUCAUCCAGCAGAGCGCUCAGCACCUUCGGUCCUAUCUCGGCGACCUGCUUGGCACCAUCUCCAAAUCCGCCAAGGCGUGUCCUGCCAUCAUCCGCGCCACUUUCCAGCUGCUCUUCAAGAGGGUUGGGGAGCAGUUCCCUGAAGAGAAGGACCAGAACGUGAAAUUCAUCGCCAUCACCAGUUUCCUCUGCCUUCGUUUCUUCUCUCCGGCCAUCAUGUCCCCCAAAUUGUUCCACCUGCAGGAGAAGCACGCAGACGCCCGCACCAGCCGCACCCUCCUGCUCCUGGCCAAGGCUGUUCAGAACGUGGGGAACAUGGACGCCGGUGUCAGCCGCACCAAGGAACCCUGGAUGGCUCCACUGCAGCCCACCAUCCAACAGGGCGUCGCACAGAUGAAGCGGUUCCUCCUCCAAUUGAUUGACAUUGAGGAGAAAGAAGAAUUGGACCCGCAGAAGUCCCCCUCCCUGCAGACCCAGGUUGUGAAAGAAGGGCCUCUGUUUAUCUAUAAGGCCAGAAGCAAAGGCCCUCUCCUCUCAUCCUCCUUUAAGAAGCUCUACUUCUUCCUAACCAGCGAAGCCCUCACCUGUGCCAAGACACCAAGCUGCAAGAAAAGCUCCUUCAUCACACCAGCCAGCAUCCGGGCGGCCGAAAAGGUGGAGGAGAAGAGCUUUGGCAACUCUCAUGUCAUGCAGAUCAUCUACGCCAACGAGGCCGGACAGACAGACACGGCUUACCUGCAGUGCAAGUGUGUGAAUGAGCUCAACCAGUGGCUGUCGGCCUUGCGGAAGGUUUGUGUGAACAACGCAGGGAUGCUGUGCUCCUACCACCCCGGCGUCUUCCGAGGAGACAAAUGGAGCUGCUGCCACCAAAAGGACAAAGGCGGACUGGGCUGUGACAAAACCCGGCAUGGAGUUACGCUGCGGGAAUGGAAUGACCCCUUGGAUCCCGACUUAGAGGCUCAGUUGAUUUUCCGACACUUGCUUGGGGUGCGAGAAGCAAUGAGGGAAAAAUAUUUGGAACUAUCAACUCUGGAGAAAAAUGAAAAUCUUCAUUUGACCCAGAAUGAAGACCCUGAAAAUGCCGAUGGACCUAGCCGGCUUUUCCAGGUGUUGCAAGAUCUUGAAGAAAUUCACAGUAAGGAGCUUUCCCGGUUGAGUGACUUGGCCAACCAGGACCGAAAUCAUCUUGUGGAACUGCAGACGUGACUGUUCGCACAGGCUAGGCCCACGUCUGCCUCCUUUGGGCAGUUCUGCUGCCAAACAUCUGGAAUAGAGGGUGUUUCUCCUCUUUCUGUCUCUCUUUCUCUCUCUCUCUCUCUCUCUCUGGACUUGUGAUCAUCUGAUGAGAUGGAAAUGGGAUAGAGUGGGGCCCUGAUUCUCGUAACCUGCAUCACCUUUCCUUUUGGGAACGACUCUCCCUGCCAAGUCCUCUGAACUCUGAAGACAAAACUGAGAUCAAUUUAGGAGACCCAACACAAAAGCAUUCAUCUUCACCAGUCUAAAAAACAGCAACUAUAGGGUUGCCAUAUUUCAAAAAUUUUGGAGCUUUUUUAAAGGAAAACCCGCAAGGUUGUUUUUUUUAUGCCCUAAACAACUACUGUAGAAGUUCAGCCCCUAGCCUUAAUGGAACACCAAAGCUGGUUGUUUUAUUGCCUGCGAUUUUCAUCCAGAACUUUGCAUUCUUGAGAACUGCAGAUUUAACUGUUUGAAAAUAAUAAGAAAAAGUAGGUUUCUAGAUCUCGUGACAGAGGUGAUUUGAAAAUACGUACCAGCGGUCUACUGUGUUUGAGGGUGAAGCAGUGAGUGGCCAGAAGCGAGGCCUUGGCGUUGUAGUGGAUAGCUCAGUCAAGAUGUUAGCCUAGUAUGUUACCAGUGUGAAAAAGGUAAAUUCCAUGCUAGGAAAGAAAUUGAAAACAGAACUGCCAGUUAUCCUGUUGCUGUUAAACAAAUCUAUGGUGCGGCCACAUUUUGAGUGCUGUGUCGCCUCACCUAAAAAGGAUAUUGUAGAGUCGGAAAAGGUUCAGGAAAGGGACAUGAUCAAGGGGAUUCCCUUUUUCGUUUCGAGAAAAGGCGAGCCAGAAGAUGGUCGCUUGAUGGAAGUAUAUAAAAUUCUGCAUGUCAUGCAGAAAUGGAUAGAGAAGUUUUUCUCCCUCUCUCUCAUUAGGCUAGAACUUGUAGACAUUCUGUGAAGCUUUAUGUUGGAAGGUUCAGGAUAAAAUAAAGGACUUCAUGUAGCGCAUAACUCAAUCCCUCCCACAGGAGGCAGUGAUGGCCACCAACUUGGAUGGUUUCAAAAGAGGUUUAGACAAAUUCAGGGAGGAGAGGACUAUCAUUGCCUACUAGCCAUGAUGGUGGUUUAUCAGCCUGCACUGACCGAGGCAGCAGUUUUUUCUGGAGACCAGUUGCUGGAAGCCACAGGAAGGGCGAGAGCUCUUGCGUUCGGAUCCUGCUUCUGAGUUUCCCACAGGGAUCUAGUUGGUUGCUGUGAGAACAGGACGCUGGGCUGUUCCAACAGGCUGUUCUUAUGUUGCUCUUUAUUUCUUCCUUUUGUGGCCUUUCCACAUGUACCCCUAGGCAGCUAGCAGUCUGAAUACUGGGGAAUGGGAGAGUCCACCCUCUCAACUCCAUGUGAGUUCUUGCUGAUAUGAUGAGCAAUGGUUCUCCCAGAAAGGCCACAUUAUCUGGAAAAAAGGGGUCCCUAGCUGGGAUUAAAGCCGGCCCUACCGUUGUCCAGGCUACUGCAGAUAACAGAUUGGAAUUAAAAGACAGAGCUGUUGAGAAAGAGAGAGAACUGCAGCCUUGGCUUACAAGCUUAGAUGGCUUUGAAAGAGGCUUUGAGAAGUCCAUGGAGGAGAGGUCUACUAGCCAUGCUUAAAAGCAGUGUACCUCCCAAUGCCAGAUGUUGGUGACCUUGGACCAUGGAAGAGAGUUGUUGGCCUCAUGUCCUGUUUGUGGACUUCCUUGUUGGCCACUCUAGGGAAAUAGGGUGCUGGAUCUGGUCUGAUCUAGCAGGACUUUCAUGACUUGAUUUGUAGUCUAUGGUUACUAUAAUUGGGCAGAGGUGGAAACGGUGCCAUUUGAGUCUUCUGCCUCAACCCUGCAAAUACCUCUGAGCUAGACCAGGUGGGAUAUAUAUAUUUCCAAGCUCAGCAGUAGCUCUAGGCACGGGAGGAAUUUUAAAAUUUGCAUGCAAUAAAACAAAUGAGUAUAUGCCAUUGCAUGGGGGAAAAUAGUUGAAUGGAGGGUGUUGUUGGACUCCAACUCCCAUCAUCCUUGACCAUCAUCUGGGCCUAAUGGGAGCUGGAGUCUAACUACAUCCAGAGGGCCACUUAUUCUCUAUCCCUGGAAUGGCUGUUUGAUCUGUCUGGACAGCUGCACCUCCAAGCCAGCAGUCACACGUGAUGUAGAAUAAAGUCUCUUUUAUCACAC